UACUUCCGGGUCACCGCUUGCUGUACUAUGCUUCCAUGCUAAGUGAAGAGUCAGGGUGAAUCUAUCCUCGAGCUAUCUGCCCGGGGUAACAAAUGCGGCGAAAGGAUUCGAUUUAAUCUAGAUUUGUUGUUUUAGAAGCAGAAAACAAAAAUUUAUUGGCGAACGCAAGCGUUAGUUUUGCCUCAUUUGGGCCACUUCCUGUUGUAUUCUACUUCCGGGUGACGACAACAACUCGGACUGCUUGUGUAAAAAAAAUGCUUCUGUGCUAAGAGACAACAAAACAGCGAAUCUAUCCUCUAAUUAUCAAGCGGAGUAUUUGGCAGGGAUAUGACCGAGUCUCGCAAUCCAGGGAUGUCGUCCCUCGCCGCGGCCGCCCCCGUGCAGGUGUCCGACAUAGACCCGGUGGAGUACACCCUCCGGAAGCGGCUACCCCGCAAACUCCCCAAGAGGCGCAACGACGUGUACGUCAACAUGAAGACGGACUUCCGGGCGCAGCUGGCCCGCUGUCAGAAGCUGCUGGACGGCGGCGGCCACCGGGAGAUCUGCGUGCACGGCCUGGGCCUGGCCAUCAACCGGGCCAUCAACAUCGCGCUGCAGUUGCAGGCCAGCAGCCAGGGGGCGCUGCAGCUGGCCGCCAACACCUCCACGGUGGAGCUGGUGGACGACCUGGAGCCCGAAGACCCCGACGAGGCCUCCGAGCCCAUGACGCGCACGCGGAACAACUCGGCCAUCCACAUCAAGGUUUUUUACCCCGACCCCCAGUGAGCGACCAACAAGCAGCCGGAAGAAUCAGUUUUUUUUCCCCCCGGCUGCUCGGGAGUGUUUCGCGCCUGUUAUUUAUUUGGAGGACUGAACUGAUGCUUUUGCAAGACCUUGGAAUAUUACUUGCUUUCCAUACGCACCGUUUAUAGUUCAUAUCUACAGUGCAAUUUUGAUGUUACUGCUUCGUGUCGUUGUUUUGAAUGUCCACCGGGUGUCAGUAGUUGAUGAACUUCACGUACCACCGUUCUUCGUCAGUCCCAAACGUUUGCCAGUGGGAGUCUUCUGUUUGUAAAUUACAAAUAAAAUGAGCUGCAAGACAAACA